AUAGAGCCUUCGCCCACCGAGGAGGAUGUCGUUUUCAUCCGUCCUCCUUUCAAGGACUUCCCCGAGGCCUAUAAGUAUCCCGAAGGGCUCACUUAUAAUGUCUUAGCUGCCAACCCAGACUGGUUCCUUAUCGCUUCUGACUACCGCAGGGUGGGCGAUCCUCCGUGCGAUGACUCAGAAACAUUGCAGUAUCCCACAAUACUCGAGCCUCCUCGCGGAUGGCUGCAGUUAGACGACAAGAAGAAAAGCCAGAAGGAGACGAAGAAAGAGAAACGGUGGCCUGAAGGUCAGGCUCCCCGCCUUCGCUGCACCUUCUGCCGUCGCACGUACGCGGGUGUCAAUGCGAAGAGCAUGUGGCGCCGACACGUCUUUGAGAAACAUAGAAUCGCCAUGUCUAAUAGACGUGCCGAUGCC